ACAAUGACCAAUGUCAAUGCUAACGGCGAGAAAAUAUUUCUACGACUAUCGAGAACGUAAUGGAAAAUUAGCAUGCAUAGGUAUUAUAGGCUGAUAAUCAUCUUAGGAAUUGUAGCAAAGUAUUCCCAUGGAUUCUGGCCACCUGCGUACAAAAUAGACUUAAGCGAUCAUAAAACUUUUGAAAUUUCGAGCGACGACGACUACGACGACGAAGACGAAGACGAAAUGAUUAAACCAGAAGAUCUGGCAGACCUGGUGGACAUGAAGUCGCUCGCUGAGGAGGAGGAGAAAUACAAACCACUUCAUUCUCACGUGGAGCAUUAUAACAAACGUGAAGUAGAAGUACCGAUAGCAUCUUCGGAUUUCCUUCCGUAUUUUCCUGCUAACGUGGAAUACGAUGGGAACUUCAUUGAUGACGAGAAGCCAUUUAUUGCAGGAUUCAAAGAGGACCUGGAUAAGUACAAUUUUGCACACGGGGAAAACGAAAAUCUCGACAGAAAGAAAAGAAACGCAUCAGGCGUAGCAUUGAAAAUAAUUCCACCUGCUAAUCAUUUGCCAAGAAUUAAAAGAAGUAAUAGAAAAUCGAAAAGAGAUGAUGAUUACGUAUCUUCUGAACAUCCUAAUAUCGAAUUCAUGGAAAAAAUGAGUGGCAGAAAUACUACGGGACUUGAAUUCGAGGAGGAGGCUAAUACAGGGAUGCUCACGAUACCUUCGAGUGUUGAAUAUUCUGAAAGUAUCACCAGAGAGACGACAAAAUUGGUUAAAGUGGAAUCUACUGUAAGAACGACAGGAAUUCCGAUUACUGAUUCAAGUAGUCGAGAUACAACCAAAUUAAAUGGAGAAACUAAUGCCAAACAAACCACUAGAAUGUCCAGUUCUGAAUAUUCGUUAACUGUAGUAGUAAAAAAUGAAUUUACGACUGGUCGACAUCCUGUUACAAAAGGUCCUGUUGAAGGGACUACGGGUUCAAAGGAUGGUAGCAGCGUAGAGGAUUAUUUUGAAAAAACACAGGGACAGACGGUGAUGUCAAAUUUGUCAACGACCAAAAACUCUAAAGAUGAUUUGGGAAAACCUGAUGAUAUUACUUCAGAAAAAGGUAUAACUUCAACGAAUUACAAUUUCUUAGAAACUACUAAAGAGUCCAGUAGAGUGGAUGAGAAUAUUGACAAUUCAUGGAUUAGUCAAAAGGAAACUACACCUCAUGACGAAGAGUCCUACAAGGAUGAGGAAUUAGAAUUGGAAUACAGUCAGCAAAUAAAAGAUGAUAUGAAUAGUAGUAAGACAUACAAUUACACGGACACUGGAGAACCAGAGGAAACCGCGGGUGAUGCACUAAAGAAACUUGUAGAACUUAAAAAACCAAAAAAUUGCACGAAAGAAGAAUUGACACAAUUUGGUAUCAAGGCAUUGGAAUGUUUGGCCUUUGAUUAUCAACAUGCUAAGAACAAAACCGAUGUCAAAAAGGUUUUAACCAGGACGUGGAUAGUCAUUAGAAUUUGGAUGUUUAUUUAUAUUUGCAUCGCUAUACCAUGCUGGUGUCAGAAAGGAUGGUGCUGUUGCUGUUUCCGAUGUAAAUUUUGCUUUCCCCGUGAACGAAUUGAAAGCGCAAAAGAAUAUUAUGCGAAAUAUCCUCCUGGUAUUUUGCAAGAAGUCCCAGUCAAAGGAACAGCCGACGAAACGAUAAAGUAUACUCCUACGUUAUUUGAGGUGGAAGCUUACGAGAGGUUUGAAGCAGGCAUAAGAAAUUUAUGAAAAACCCCAGAGUCUUUAAGCCGCAAGAUGUCGCAGUUUGACCAGAUUGGACUGGAUUGGACUCUCCACCACUCUCGACAAAGCGAACCUAUUCCCAGAAAGCGUAUUGUCGGUUAAUCUCCAAAAAAUAGAAUUCAAUAAAACUUGCGGUCAAUUGUACAAUUUUUAGAAUUUUAUAAACACAUCUCAUAUUUGUUGAAUCAAUUUUAAUUAAUAAAACUGUUAAAUAUUUUUGAAAUUUCGAAAUAAAAUUAACGCCGGUUGAACUAUGUUUCGCCGCGCGCAGUUCAUGAUUUGCGAAUUUUUGAAGACAAAGAAAAAAGAUAAUAAAUAGAUACGAUAAUUGUUAUUAUAACAAAUUAUUAUACAAAAAAAGAAAAUUAGUCUGGUAAGAUACAUUGUAGGAAUUAAUUUUUUCGGAUUAAAAGGGUUCGCGGAAUCUUGUGCAAGUUAUUUUGUAAAGACUUUGAAUUCGAAAGA